AUGUUUACAGGCCUUGGUGAAGGUUUUCAAAUGCGAUGGUGCACAAUUUCAGAUAAGGAGACAUUAAAGUGCAAUGAUUUUGAAACCGUCAUAGCCACACUGGCUUCUCAGGCCAGUUUGCUUAAUGUCAAUUUUUCAUGUGUUCAGGGGAGUAACGCUGCAGACUGCAUGGCAAAAAUUCAGAGUGACGAAGCUGAUAUAAUUACUCUCGAUGGCGGAGAAAUCCAUACCGCAGGUAAGCCGACAUUUUUGGAUUACGUAUCCCCAAAUUAGAGAGCUCAGUAAUAAGGACAGUAAAAGCAGCGCGGACAUCUUCAAAACUGGGUUUGGUUCGAUUCCCAGGGCUAGACCAAUACUGAGGGUCUUAGAAUAACUUAGAAUUGAAAUGUACUGCCUUUGCCCUGCAAACGGUUAGACCUUCGCGUGGCUUUAAGCCUGCGAGGUGCAUUCGUUAUGUGUACUAUUUUUACAUUUCAGAUUUCUUUUUUAUGUAACUUUUUGGUUUCUUAGUUUUCAUAUACUAUCAACGUUCACUUUUUCCUUUUUUAAAAAAAGGCCGUGCCCCCCCCCAAAAAAAAAACGCCGUGCCCUUAGAAAUAUUAGCAACAAAUGAUAUUCCCAACUGUAAAACUAGCCUUGCUUCUUUUUGCUGCUGCUUUUAGCCCGAGUAGGUUUGUAUGCGUUCGUGAUUAGCAGAUUUAGCGACGACAGCAGUAACAACAAUGACCUCGGGCAUAUUUGAAAACCAAUCUGACCAAUGGCAGAGCGGCAAUGAGUACUGGAAGUCGCAUUUAGUACUUUCUGCGAGCUUUUGUGUUUUCAUUUGACAAAAGAAAAGAAAACGUUUGCUCUUCCUUACCCCAGUGCUUGCUUCUUGGGAUUUUUUAACAGUUGCUAUGCGACUUUGCCUUUUAAGGAAAGAUGCAUGAAAUGGUCCCCAUUGUUGGUGAAGAUUAUGAGAGUGGAGCCCCCACCACAAGUUAUUUUGCAGUGGCGGUUGCAAAGAAGAACUCAGACAUUACGUUUAAGACUCUUAAAGGAAAAAAGUCUUGCCACACUGGAGCGGGAAAAACAGCCGGCUGGAAUGUACCGGUCGGUACUCUUCUGUCAGAUAAUAUCAUGCCGACAGACGAGAGUUGCAAUGCUUAUAUUGCAGCUGGGAAGUUUUUCUAUAAAAGCUGCGUACCAAGUAAGAAAUUUUCACUUACUAUCCUCUCUAAAAUUUAGUUUUAAAUGGGUAUUACAACGCAAGAGAGGUUAGUGCCGCUAGCAGACUAAGAGGAGACUCUCUUCCCUUGAACUGAGUUAGUGAAGUAAUGCUGGUCUUUUCUCCCGUCUCCUGCCCCAGCUUCUCGAAAAGCAGGCCACGUACAACAUGAAGAGGGGCUUAUAACGAGGAACAAGUAGAUGUAGUAUAUUCCUCCUCUCCCGCGUGCAUUAAACUGUUGUGUCACCCCAUUAUCCCAGCGUCUCGAUAAAAAGACAAGGGUUAAAGCGUAAAGUAACGGAAGAAGUCUGGGGCUACCCUGGUUUAAUUUGCUUUGGCAAUCAAACUGUUUUCUAAGUUUGAUCUUACCGCAACCUCAGAGCGACCUAAAGGCAGCUGUUAAAUUGCGAUGAAUAUAUCCUCGGCAAGGCGGUUAUCAUUGAAGGCAACAAAGUUCACCAGAAGAACGUAGGAGCCUGUAGCGACUUGAUAGCCCACGUUCGAUAUAUUAAAAUUCUAACAUGACUCCGAGGCUUUCUGGUCAUUUUUCUACAUUUGGUUUGGUUUUCUUUGUGCUCAAGUCUCUUCUGGGAAUUGCGAGACAAUAAAAUCAUGAAAAAUGUGCAAUUUUGUCCCCAAAGCCUCGGAGUCAUGCUAGAAUUUUAAUUUAUCGAAAAUGGGCUAUUACUAGGGCUUUCCACAAGUUGCUCGGUUACCUUUUGCCAACUUCUCGUAUUUCGAGCAACUUUUUUCGUUUUGAGCAACUUUGUGCAUUCUGAGCAUUCUCUACUUAUCUUCUUAUUCUGAGAUAUCGGAGCAGCUUUUAGUGCUUAAAUUGGCCUUUCUUCCAUAUUUCACAAUGUUUUAGUAGACAAUUCCUCAGUUAUGAAUUUCCUGUAAAAAAAGAAGCCGGGCUGCUAGGUCAGCGAUUUUUAGAGAAAAUUCAAAACGGUGGACGAAGAUUCGCACUCGACUGACUUGAGUGUCUCGGGUGAAGAAGGUCAUUCAACAACCAUUACAUUUUAUGGUUUUAUUGAGAAUAAAGUCAUAUUUAGCGACGCUGGUUACACCGAAUAAUUGCACAAAAAAUGCUUAGGAAUCUCACUUUUGUUGUACAAUUUGCAUAUUUCAGCAUCAGACCAAAAACAGAUUUUGUUUAUUCGAGCAACUUUUGAGCAACUUUCGAUGCAAAAAGCAACAUUUGAUUGUUUUUUUGAGCAACUUUUUGGAAAAUCUCGAGCAACUUGUAGAAAGCCCUAGCUAUUACUAAAUUAGUUCUAGAAGCAUUAAUUGAUUUCUCUGCUUCCGAUUGGCCAGGUAAUAUUUUCUGGGCAAUCAGAAUUAAGUAAUUCAAAUGUUUUGUAAGGAUCUGGCUAUGAUUUGGCUAUGAGUAAUUACCCGGCUGCUCUUCCAUUCUUGAGGAAGGAUUCUUUGACAGCCUAACCCACAUAUUAUGCAAUCUGUAACGUUCUAACUUAUUUUAUCUUCAUCACAGAUGUCAAAACUGUCAAUAACACAAAUCCUUCAAACUUGUGCGCUUUGUGCCCAGACGAAUGCGAAAAAAGUGGCAACUAUUCUGGUUACAAAGGCGCUUUCCAGUGCUUGAAGGACGGAAAGGGAGACGUAGCGUUUAUAAAGCACACUACAGUGCCAUCAGCUGAAGCUAGCGAAUAUAAAUAUCUGUGUAAGGAUGGAAAUACUAAGGGUAGGUAUUACUGAAAGUUUUCCACUGAUAAAAGCUGAUAAAAGUACUUAAAGGCGCUUUAUUUUACUAAAUUCACCCAUCCGUUAAACUGACUACCAAAUUGAGUGAUCCGCUGUCGCCUACUAAAACAGUGAAAAAAUUGACGCAUCAAGUUAAAAGGAAGACGCGCAAAAUUCUGUCAGGACAAAACAGAAAAUAGAUAGUAAUUAAGUAUUUUUGAAAACUUUUAAGCUGAGCAGUUUUUCAAAGUUUUCCUUUAGUUUUUGUGACCUGCCUUGGAUGAUAACGCGACUCAGGAUACGGCAUAUUGAGGACAUUUUUGUACGUGAUGACCUCAAUAAUGUUAACCUUUUUGACAUGGUACCGUGAGUAAUCAUUUUCAAAAUAAACAAAAUGCAGUUACAAUCCCAUUCAGCAUGCCGAUAUCGCCCAAUAAUGAAAACAACCUCCUGUGAACAUAAAUGCGUUCUAGGCAUUUUCAUUGAACCCAGACGUAGUUAAUCGAUAAACCGAUAAUCGACAAUAAUCAAUAGUAAUCGAUAUUGAUCAUCGGUGAAGAUAGAUUUCUGACAUCAAUCGAUAGAAAUCGAUAAAGAAAAAAUGUUGUGACUCCCAUUAAUAUCGAUUUCCGAAAGAAAUCGAUAAUGAUUUUUUAUCGAUUGUUAUCGAUUACUAUCGCUUAUUAUCGGCAAACACUUGAGUCAUUAUUCGGUAGAAGUUCAACAUUAACAGAUGUUGACCGUAAGGUAUUAUUUAGUCAUUCAGUCGUGAUAUCAUGCAGUUGUUUCAAUAGAGAGAAGUGUGACGUCACGUUACAUAUGGUAGCACUAUUUCUGGAUGACAACAAAACCAACGACGAUGGCGACGGCAAUGAGAACGGCAAAACAUAAUAUGUUUAUAAUAACAAACAACAACUUUGCACAUGCAUCACGCUAUUUUGUUCAUUUCUUUGCCGUUGUUGCACCACCACGACAUGGGACUUCCUAAUUUCAAGAGCCCACUAUACGGAGUAGGUGAACAAAACACCAAAAUUCUCGCUUUCUUUUCUAAACUUAGAUAACGAUAGAUAUGGUCCCAAAGAAAAUUUUGCCAAGAUUUGCCAAAUUAAAUGAAACUGAAUAAGAUCGGUGAAGGUUGAAAUAGUGGGAAUAGACUUUUAAGUAACUUUUUCGGUUUGUUGUCAUCCAAAAAUUUUGCUACCAUGGCAACGUGACGUAACGACUUCUCCGCUCUAUUGAUAAAAUACUAAAAGAACAAAACACUAACAGGAACAAAUUGCUCUUUGUUUUAGCUUAAGCGCAGUUCAUAAUAAGAAAAAAAAGGCUAUUACAAAAGUGGCAGAAAAUAGCUCUCUGUUGCUGUAGCAACUCCAUAAAUAUGAAGCAUAAUAAAGAACAAAAUCAGUGUUCUUAUGAUUUCAAUGAAAUAACUACGUCUACAUUGAAUGGACAUGUAAAGAUCUAUUAAAACAAACCAGGAAACGGAAGAAACAACAACAAAAAAUGGAAUCUGGUGAAGACUGCGCCUGGAGUAGUUGCUGAAGUCAUCAAGAAUAAAAUGUGUAAAGCUAAGGGCGGUCUCAUGGGGGUUGCUUGCCAAAUAGCAUCGUCGUCGUCAUGCAACCUCGUUCCCAGGUUCUCUCCCGCCCUUCUCUCUCGCUCCGUAGGAAAGGGAGGGACGGGUAUAAGCAGGAGCCCAUCCUUCUGGUAGGAGAAAACCCUGGGAACGAGGUUGUAUCGUCAUGUUCAGAAUAUUCACUUCAAGAGCAUUGCUUGUUAUCGACUACUAUCAUUCCUAUCGAUUUUGUUAAUCGAUAAUAGUCGAUAAAUUAUUUUUUCUGUGCCUUCCAUUUCUACCGAUUUCCGAUAUCAAUAGAUAUUAAUCGGCAGAUUAAAUCGAUUAAUAUCGAUUGAUUUCCGAUAAGGAUUUUCAUCGAUUAACUACGUCUGGAUUGAAUUUGUGAUCAUGCUAUCCUCGCAUAUUGCUUUACUUUAAAAAAAGCCUGAUCGCAACUUGGCUACUCUUACAAACCUCAGAGCUGGCUAGGCUCAUUUCCUAGAGCAGACCUUUUAUAUAUAGCCAUGAUUAUUUUCUCGUGAUGUUUAUGGAUGUGAAAAUAACUAAUAUAAUAUAUAGAUUUAGCCAGGGCUAAAAGCGAGGCUCCCAUUAGUAAAUUUAUAAUUUAAAUUAAACAAUAAACUUGUAUUCGAAUUCCACAAUUCAGUUAACUUUAGAGCACAUUUAUGUGACUUUUGAGGGAAAGGCUACCUGAUUUUAGAGAAAAAUAAUUUGCAAACAGCCCAAGAGUGAACCAAAUCUUACAUCGAGUUGAUAGCCUCAUAUGUACACUCAAAAACUGGUAAUCAUCUUUCAUCACAUUUAAGAGCCGUAAUGGCUAUUGAUCACCGUAGAUCAAUUAGGCUUAGAAAAAAAACCAGGCCAACGUUUUGGCGUUCGACAAGUUUACUUUGCAAAAUCUUGCCAACAAAUCUGGGUGCGUAUAAACCAACCUUUUAUACCAUGGACAGAAAGCAGUAUUUCACAAUACAAAUUGCUCUCAUUCAAUAUUCAUAAACUGUUAAAAAAAUUUUCCAAAAUCACCUAUACGGCCAUCCGGUUCUCACUUUUGUAGUGCGAGCUGUAGCGAGUGUUUGAAUGAACAUUAACAGAGUUACGCUCCAAGAUAAUAAAGAAUUUAUCAUGUUUAUUUUUUAUUUGAUGGUUUAACGCGCGGCAUUUUGAGAACUCCUGCAAGCGAUGUUCACUGAACGACUGAAAACAAUCGGCAUAGCGAUUAAAUUGCAUUAUAACAUAGCUAGAAAAUUCGCCUAAUCAAAUUCAAUAGCGCGAGCGUGCUUCAUAUUCCUAUUGAGCACGCUGAUGACGUCAAUAAACUGUUCGUAAUUCCUCGAGUUGUUGUGAGCUUAGCAAUCCUGAGUCUCCUGAGUGCAUCCAUAACUCAGCAAUAGACAAUGAAGCGUUUACCAUGUGUUUUGUAAAGAAAUUUAAGAGGAAACGUUUGAAUUUGUUAACCGAUAGUAAGGAAAAGAGGUGAGUGUUGUUGUUGUUGUUGUCAUCUCCGCGAGCUGUGCGGGCUAUGGCGUGAGCUCAUUCUUUGCAAAGUUGUUUUCUCUCAAUAACAAUUUUUCGGUAAAUUAAUAGUUUUCCGGCACCUAAAUAUGGAUUUUACAAUCAUUUUAGAGUACACUUUCUCUCAGUUUCAGGAUAAAAACAUAAGAUUAACUGUGAGAAAAAAAGAUAUAUUCACGUAAACAUUGACGCGUACUGCUUUGAGCGCGCCCUUCAAUAAUAAAAUUUUCAGUUAACUGCUGCAUUGAUCGCUUUGAUAAUGUUAUAAAACAAUUAGUUCAUGCUGCAGCUGUGCGUAUGUCGAGAUAUUGAGCACUUGGGAAGUUUGGAGAGCACUCAAGAGGCUAGAGUUGCACUCGGCUGCGCCUCGUGCAACUCUUACGCCUCUUUCGUGCUCUCCAAACUUCCCGCGUGCUCAAUAUCUCGACAUACGCACGCUGACGCAUGAACUAAUUGUUAAAGAGAGACUACUAACAAUCAAUAAAAGAAAUAUAAUUCGGUGAAACAAAAACAGAGACAACAAUUUUCAUUCAGGAAGACAAGUAUUAAAGUGUCCCUAAAUAUCCUGAAUCUUCAAGCUUCAAGCUUAAGUUUGCUGAAGUUUAUGUUUUAAGCCAGCUUCCCGGUGUUUGUUUUUUCAAAGACGAACUCGAGGCAAGAAAAUCGCUCAAAGCUUUCUUUUCCGGCUAGAAUUAUAACUAAAGAUUCUUUGGAACAUUUUCUUUCUAUUUGCGGUGAGAAACUGUCUAAAGGCUUUUUAAAGUUCUGUAAGAUUAUAUCAAACCAGAUACUCGGUGAGAUCGUUGUCUCAAAUCUUACAAACGCGCAUAAACUAAAUUCCCGCAUAAACUACGCUCCACUUCAUUAAAUUAGAUACAAAAAACAAACAUGAAAUACAAUAAUUUCUCUGGCUUACCAUUCGAGAUGCAGCUCCUGAAAGUUAUCAGGUAAAGCCAGUAUCGCUUCAGACUUUGCAAUCCUCUUACGCAUCAAGCAAGGUGAAAACGAAAACGAUGCCAUCCGAAAUCGGAUUUCCGACUUUGACAAGCGACGUUUUCUCAACCAAAAACCCAAUAAACAAACUAGCCAUGAGUAACAGAAGACUCCUGAUAGCAGCUGAAUUUCAUUUUGUACAUCCAGUGGAAAAAGACAGUUAAAAACAUCACAAGUUGACACAAAACUCUGUCAGCUUCAGCUGUUAAAGUAAACAAGAUUCAAGAUGGUGCAUAAAUUUUGCGCAUGAACUCACCUGUCAAAUUUUGACCAAUCAGAGCAUAAAAAUUGGACGUAGAGCGUGACCAACGCGUGACCAUUGUGAGAAAAAACAAACGCAACUGUCUUCCCUGCCUGUAACAGCUGGCUGAAUUUUCACGUCCGAGCUCAGUUUGCAAUCAAAAUUUUAAUUGUGCAGCACAUAAACACAACAUAUUUCAUAUGAAUUAAGAAAAAAAAUUGAACUUGAGCCUGCGAUCACUUGAAAACUAGUUUACUUGUCAGCGGAUAACUUCAAAAAAUACUUGACCUCGACGGGUCGAUACCUUAGCCCGCGAUACGGUCAAGUGAUACUGGUCAGCGGGUACUCUGUUUUGACAGCUGUCAAUUGAUCAAAACAUUGAUGUCCAAUAUGUGUGCAUUAUCAGUUUUCCUGUGCUCCCAAACUAGUAAAAGUAUGAGAUUGAACGUUGUUCGCGAUCUAGUAAAACAGUUAACUGGUCAGCGGACAGCUUCCAAAUAAAUCACGUCACCGACACGUCACCUCGAUGAGUUGACACAUGAGCCCGCGAUAUGGUCAUGGGAUACUGGUCAGUGGCUAUCCUGUUUGGACAGCUGUCAAUUGACCAUAUUGUUAAUGUCCUAUAUUAAAGAUGUGGACUUGCCAAGACACGCCUGAGACACCCCUCCCUUCCUUUUGAUAGUCUCCCCUACCCCACCCAUACAAUCUGUAGACGCGUACGUACGUACGUACGCUCGGUCAAUCACGUGACAACCAAACGAAAAGAGGUUGACCAUAUUCCAUGGGUAUGGGGCUCUGUCCCACGCGCGCUUCGCGCGCGGGAGCCCCGCUAUCAUGCCUUGACAACAGCCUACCUCUAAAGCUAUUAUUUAAUCAGCGGGUUAAGUGAACUUUAAUAGUCCAUAAUGUACUUACAAAAAAGUCAUAAUCGGUGUUACGAAAAUGAACAAUUAAUGUUUUAUGAAAAUGACUGUGAGGGUAACCGUACGUUUUUAGCGGAGCCUCGACUGCUGGAAACCUAUCGAUGCAAGAAAAUUUGGUUAUGACGUCAGCUUACGCUCGUCCGUACAGAUUGGGAGGGAAGGACUAACUAGACAUGAAUCCCUUCCCUCCUCCCCAAAAUAGUUUUUUUGUCCCUAUUAUUUCAAAAGGCUUUAGAAAUGAAAAGCUUCAGUUAGAGAGCAUUUCUUCUCCUACUGCGAUCAAACUAUGCAUAGUGUUUUUUUGCUGUAAAAAUGCGACAUUUAGCUUGCUGGGAGAGUUUUUUUAUUUCAGGGUUUUUACAGGAGCUUACUCAACAACGACGGCGAUGGCAACGAAAACGUCAUUUAAAAAGUAAAUACGCGCUGCUUCAAACUUUAUAGCACUUAUUCCAUCUAGUUCAAUUCGACAAAUGUUGGUAAAAUUAUCUGGAGUUGAUUUCUAAGACUGUAUCGAAGUUCGGGAAAAAAAAAAAAAGAAAGUCGUUGUCUUGUGUUCAAGUCCUUCAAAAUGUGAAGUUAGGCAUUUUCGCAACGUAGUCGUGAAGUGACGGCAAAGAAAAUUAAACCUAUUGCUAUUCUACAGCUCUCGUUGUCGUUGCCAGCCUUCGUUGUGCUCCUUAUUCACCCCCAAAAAGGUAAACUGAUAUACCGAAGGCUCCUGAAGUUAAGUAGGGAUUUAAAGAUUUCUAUUUAAUGGCGAAGAGUUUAUUUGUUUAAACUUAAUUGCUUUUAUUGUAAGUAUCUAAACGGAGGCUUCGUUUUUAGCCCUGGCUAAAUCUAAUAUAUAUUAAUUAUGUAGCUGUUAGUUAAUCCGAUAUUGUCAGCAAAGCGAUUAUCCUUUAAUUUUUACGAACUGUCCAAUUAAGGAUUAAUUUGGAUAGUUUUAGAUAGGACUUUCCUUUACAAAUAUAGGCAAACUGUCCAAUUUAGGAAAAAUAGGACAGCUGGUCUGAGCCAAUCAAAUGCUAGAAAAUACAAUAGGUAAUUCAAACUAGCCAAUCAGCGCAAAGUCCCUGUGACACUGCGCCAAAAAAAAUCUCGUUGGCUGAUGGCGGUUCGUUGGCGAACUUUUUUGGCUUCUUGUUGCUGUGAGUGUUGUUUUGUUUUGGCUUCUUGUCUGGGCCAUUUAAAAGGAAAAUGUAAGACCAAACUGAUGAAAGUUUGCAUUCAUGGAAACAAUCAACUAUUCUUGAAAAUGUACAAGCACUCAAACUUUGGACCAGAAUAAGAAAACAACGAUAGUUGUGUUUUAAUAGAUAUAGGCAAAUACAAACAAAAGAACAAAGUCUGCGGAAAUCGUUUCAGGUAAUGAAUGAAAUGUUUACUUUCAAUAGUUUUAAAUUGAACAUUUACAUUGUUGCUUUGUCUUCUUUGUACUCGAAUUGCGGUUUUCACAUGUAAAUCACGUCUGUGACACGUACGCUAAAAAGUCUGGAUUAACUAACCAGCUAUAUAGUUUAUUAUUUAUCAUAAGUCUGUGGCUUUUUUUUUUUCGUAGAAGCAAGUAUGGCAGCAAAAAAAUUAGAGUGAUUUUAACUUAACCCGUGAAAUAUGUAGUAGAAUACUACACUAUGCGCUAAUUCCAUUGUCUUCCUUUGUUUUCUUGUGGCUAUUUGUUAGUAUCUGUUUCACGGGUCAAGUAAAAUCACUCUAUUGAGUAUUUAUUUAGAAUGAUCGUGGCUCCCAUUCUUUUACAAAAGGCAAUCGGCCAAUUGCUAAGGGGUUUAAAGAUUUUAUUUACUAUUGGGCCUUACAGACCACUGAAUUGUAUGAACAUAUAUCUGUCUCGGUUUGCAAAAAGGUACCAUCAUGAUUUUUCAUUUAAGGCUUGUUCAGUACUAGACCAUUUUUUUUCGCUAACAAGCUACAGUACACCAAACAAAAAACAUGUGUUUCAAAUGCUGUUUACAUCUUUUCCCACCCACUCUCCUCCCUCUCCCCCACAUAUCAUUUCUCAUUAUUUUCUCCGUGACAUUUGAAAUCAGCGCGCUCUGUAGAACUUGUUUUCCGUGGUUUUUUAAUUAUCUAGAUUUCUUUCUGGCCGCCCGCAACAAAAUUUUCCGGAAGGCAUCAUUAAGCCUUAUGAAGGAACAAGUCUCACGAUUGGCAAAGUCUGCCGUCGUCCAAUAGCUCACCUCGGAAAAGAGUGAUAGCCUAGGAACCAAACUAAGCGCGCACGCAUUUAUGGGAUUGUUUGGGGUAACAAGUUGAAUUACUACGAGACACGCAAGUCGUCAUGUGCCUUUGUGCACAAAUAAUUUCAGGAACUCUCCUAGUCAGGAGCAAGACCUAUCCAGCGAUCUCUGAAGUUGUUUCACGGUGCAUUCUUCUGGUUUUUCGCGUGGUAAAGUCGUUCCAGGCACAUAGUCUUCCUUCAGCUGUACAUUAUCGUGUUCAAUUCCGCCUUCCGUUUUGCAAUGUUUUGCUAUUUUGAGCUGUUUUAACCCCGCUGAAACAUUCCACUUCGCAUUCCGCCCUGUUUGUUUACAUUCGCGUCCCCCCAAAUAAUCCCAUAGAUGCAGGCGCGCCUAGGUUAGGUCCCAGGUUAUCACUCUUGUCCUAAGUGGGCUAUAUGUUGCCGUAUUUCGUCUCAUUUUGGCUGAACGGGUGAAACGCUGUUCUCGGCUUGAGACCGAAAGGGAUCAUAUUGCGAGCUUUGAUGUGGGCGGUGACGAGUCUCUGGCCUCAAAAAAAUAGUUUUUAGGACUCAAAUCUAUUUGGCGAGAGCAAAAUUGCAGCUGAUUUCUGACGAGGCCAGAGACUUUGCUAAAAUUGUUUUGAAGGCCGGCGUCCAUGUGUCCGUUUCAAAACGGCUCGUCUACAUCAGGGAUCUUGAAUAAUUCGACUGAGUGAGGAAAGUUUACAUGCGAUGAUUUAUGUGGAGAAAGCGAGAGUUAUUGGUCGAGAGUAAUUUGAUGAUAUUUGGCAAGUAUUAAGUGUGAAAACAUUGUGCCUAGUUGGUUGUGGAUAGUUUUAUCAGUGCCGCGAACGUGGUUAAUUGUAUGAAGUGGUUAAUCCUGAAGUUGUUAGCAGACAAUUCAGGUACGUCGUGGUGCUCGUAUUAUAAGAAUAUUGUGCACAAGGAUAAAAACGCUUCGUGAGUGUUUUAUAGUUGAAGUGAUUUUGUCUUAGACAACCGAUUCUGGGCUCAAGAAAGGUAAAUUUUAGGUCUGUUUUAGUCGGGCGUAUCGCUAUAAGCCUCAUAGUUUGCGAGACUGAAAGAUCAUCAUUUCUGUGCUUAUAAAUAAAUGUUGUUCAUUUCGUUACAAAUCUGUCGCUUUUGCCAAGAGCGACUUUUCGUGUGUCUCCAGCGAUUAAUUUGUUCUUUUAAAGCCUUAACUAGCAAAUUUCAACAGUUUUUUAUUCACCUCAAGGGUCAAGUUGUUAAAACUCACUUGAAAUUUCUUUAGGUACCUUUUUAUAAAUUCAGGCAGAUAUAAAAAACGUUUGUUUUUCACAUACGUACAACAAAUGUUGUCUAGCUCGAGUUUCGUCCCAUGUCGUGAUGAUAUAAUUCGGAAACCGUUAAAACGCUAACUAUGCCUCACUAGAAACCCAAAAUGGAUGAAAUAUAUUGAAAUUAAAAGUGGUGACAUUCUUUUCCAGCCAACUGGAACGACAACUGUUACCUCGCGAAAGUUCCAUCGCACGCCGUGAUGGUGAAAAAAGGAAACACUAACAAUGCCAACUACAAAAGACUAUUGCUGGAUGCUUCUAACGCCUACGGAAUCAAUCAAACUAAUUCCAGCAUGUUCCAGUUAUUUGAGUCAUUCAAGUACAUGAACGGCUCUGAUCUCUUAUUCAAAGAUUCAACAAAGAAGCUGGUUGAUGUUGGAGAAAAAAACACCUACCAGAAAUGGCUUGGUGACCUGUAUCUGAAAGACCUCGAGGCCUUAGAUGCGUGUCCAUCUACCGCCCCAACUGCAGGAGGCAACAUUAACAAGCUACAAUCAUUGGUUGCCAUGAUCUCGGCCUUCAUUGCGGCACUUUGUUACACAGGAACUUUGUUUGAAUAAAGGCAAUGAAGCAGUGAGGCUAAAAUAGCGCCCUCUGUUCCUGCUUCUGCUAAACAUUCAUUUGCUUGGCAGUGCAGCUUCUUCACCAGUGCUUUUCCCUUGGAAAGAAGUGAGUUUUUGCCAGCACUCGUGCCUAAUUCUGAGUAGAGUUAAUUGGAAACCCGCUUUAAGAUCAACUGGUUCACACGACCUUCUCGUUAUUAUAACUAAAUUCUUUUGACCAAUCACAAAGUCACUCAGUCAACUUCUUAUGUGAAAACCAAGUUAAUAAUGUCACUUCCAUAUUGGUCUUUUGCAGUUGGUCAGUCACUUGGUACAAAAAUGCCAUGCGGCUGACACGAAAGAAACGCUAUGGGAGGAGACAAAUGAACUUGAUGUGAGCUCUUUGUUCGUCUUGUGCCAGCUUGGCGUUUUUGUACCAUGUAGCUGAUCAGCUGCAAAGAAACUUUUCUUGAACCUUGGGCGGUCUCAUUUACGAGGUUUCACAGUAUUUUUCUAGAAAAUGCUGACUGAGGUAAUAAGAGCAAAUCCUUAUCAACAUACGUGAAAAGACAGAGGUCAUGAAUUUUUUUUCCACAAAGGGGUGGAGCAUUUAAAUUUUGAUGGGGGAGGGCAAUUAAAUACACGGCUUUGUCAAAAGAAAAAAAAAAGAUGCUUUUUCCUUUGCGAUUAUGCUGAUGAAAAAAAAACAACAAAAAAAACAAAAAAAAAGCUCGGCAAGGGGAACCGCCAAGAAAAUCAAACCAGAACAAUUAGCCGUUGAAAACAUUCGUGCUCGAAAAAAUGGCACAUCCCCGCCCCCUCUCAAAGAUAAAUGGUGCAUCGAGAAAGUCAGUGAACUUCGCAAACUCAUUUUCAGGUUGCAAACUAAGUAGCUAAGUGCACUUUGGUUGAUUCUCAGUGAAAGAAUAAGCAAAGUCAAUUUUAAAUCAGAAUUUACUGAAUUGAAAUGAAGCAGAGUGUGACUUUGCAAACGGGUUUCCAGCUGUUUUGUUGUUCCAGUCACGAUAGAAUAGACAAAGUUGAGCUUGAUAAGUCAUUGUUUGGCAAACUAGGAGAGUAAUUUUGUUUCAUUCAAGAAAGAAUAAACAAGGUUGUAGUGGAGUUUUCUUCUUUUUUUUCUUUUAAGAGCAAAUUUCUUUGUUUCAUUCGAAAAAGAAUAAACAAAGUUAAACUCGAUUAUUCUUUUGUUGACGCGGAUUUGAAAGAUGAUUUAAAAAGGAAUAGGUUUCUUUGUUUCAUUCGAGAAAGAAUAAACAAAGUUACACUCGAUCAUUCUUUUGUUAACGCAGAUUAGAUAGAUAAUUUAAAGAGGAACAGGUUUCUUUGUUUCAUUCUAAAAAGAAUAAACCAAGUUACAUUCGAUUUCUCUCUUGUUAACGCAGAUUACUGGGUAGAUUAUUAGAGAAAAGUUUCUUUGUUUCAUUCGACAAAGAAUAAACAAAGUUGUACUUGACUCAGUCUGUUGUUAGCGCAAACGAGUAUAAAAGGAAGUUUCCUUUGAUUCAUUCGAGAAGAAUAAACAAAGUUGAAGAUUUCUUAGUUUGUUUCAUUCCAAAAAGAACAACCAAAAUUGUACUCGAUUAUUUUCUUGUUGACGCCGAUUAGAAAAAUAAGUGUAACAAUGUGUAAGAACAAAAUGGUUUUCUUUGUUUCAUUCGAGAAAGAAUAAACAAAGUUUAUCUCG